AAUCCACUCCGGUGCUUUAGGGCAGCCAGCAAAGUGUGCACUAUUGUGUGCGGCUGAAAAAAAGAGAGCAAAAAAGGAGGGGGAAGAAAAGAGACUCAGGCCCUUUGUGUGGAGAGGACUCAGCAGGAAAGCGAUUUUGCAAUUACUUCAGCUUGCCGGCAAGGCAAGCUCAGGUCCUCUGAUCUGUACACUCGCACACUGGACCGUCUCACUCUGCAUUCCGCCUGUCGAAGCACACAUAAGAGUGAGCGUGUGUCGAUGGGCUCUGUCUGGAUGCAUAUCAAGGGCCAGCAGCGACUCAGAAUUUCUCUCUCUGAUGAUGAUAGCAGACGUCAGACGGGCCCAUGAAUAUUGAUGUGGAGGUCUGUUUCAUAGACGAACAGAAAGAAGCAAGAUGGCUGCCCUUUAGGAUUUGUUUAAGAGGAGACUUAGACGGUUUGCUGGAAUUCAACAAAGUGGAGGGACUUAAAACAAGGACGCAGAGAGGGCAGCCUCGUGAAUGGACUCAGAGUAGACCAGAUGGAAACAGAAAAGACGAGCCAUGAGAUGGAAAAAAGUCUUCACAAACCACUUUCACAAACCAGUGCCACUCAGCACACAGAGAAACUGCACAUCAAGCAAAAGAAUGGAGACCAGUCACCUGAAAUCUUAUUUCAGCAGUUCAAUGGUGAACCCAACCAGAGCCAUUUUAAGUCCAGCAUGGAGGCCUUUCCAGUGAAAAGCCCUGAUAACAUUCAAGGGUUGUUUGAUCAAAGCAUGUAUGAGAUGAAUGGAAAUAUGAAGCAUGCACUUGGUGAGCAGACAUUUUUUGACUUUCACCAAUCUAAAAGGCUCUGCACUGGUUUAGAGAUGAAUGGAGAUGAGGAUCUUGAAUUCCCUAAGCACAAGCAGCCAGUGCAUCAUGAAUUAAAUCAUAGCAAGAGAAACUGUAACUUUCCCAGUGGAGAUAUCUUCUCAUUGUCGAGUAACAAGCAGGUCCCAAUGCCCAAUGGUGCUAUGAAGAAUCCACAUUCAGUUAAGGGCACAACUGGUGACCUUUUGGAAAAAACUUUGUCUCAGUACUACCCAGAGCAUGUGUCUAUUGCACCUCAAACCAACUCAUCUCAAGUGCACCAAGUAACCAGCAACCUGCCUGAACAGGCAACUUCUUCACCUUCAUUUACCUCAGGUUUUCCUAGUUCACCCCAAACACCUGCCUCUGAUCCACUAGCCAAGGUACCCCCAGAGGUUGAAGGCCUCAAUGGCUACAACCAAGAAUUAACACAGAAUGGAUACUGUGUUGGUUUUGCAGAUGACAAAAAGCAAAGGAAGUCUACUUUUCUUCCAUCUAAUCUCUCAGAUAUUGGAAAACAACAAUCACUGUGUAAGGUAGGCUUGGAGUCCAAUGUGCCAUUACAGAAAGGCAUCGAUGGUUACUCACAGAAUCGAAAAGAUAAAGAAGGCCUUUCAAAUGACUAUGAGUGUUUAAGCAUGUUCUCUAAGUCCAACCAGGAUUUCAACCAGGAAUCCUAUAUAUUGCCCAGGGAGGUGGCAGGUUCCCCUUUUUCAAGUGAAACAGAUGGUACAUUAAGUUCAUUUAACAGCAUUCAAACACAAAGGACUCAAAUGGGUCAACAAAACCUACAGUUGAAAAUGGCACAGAAAAAGCCAGCUGAUGGAAGCUUCCAUGACAACAGAGACUCCUCUUUGCCACAGCAACAAACCCUUGAGACACAGAAGCCAGAAAGUAGCUUACAUGAGAAACAUGAUAAGCCUCAACCACAUCAGAAAAAUACAAUAUUACAAAGUGCAAAUCAAUCAUCCCACAUGGGGUGGAUUGAUUUAAACUCAGCACCAACACCACAAACAUCUAAUAAACACCCCCACACAUGGGAUUUUUUUCUUUCACAGGCUGCCCCAAUGCAGCAGCAAAAAAUUCCACAGAGCCAAAGCCAUCCGAUGAACCCUAUACCCCCAAACAGCUUACACUCGCAAAAUUUCAGUAAGCCCAACUUUGCCACACAUGAAAGUCAGACAGAGGAUUACAAAAAUCAACCACCUACACAACUGCCCCAAAAUUCUGUACCUGAAUGUCAACAGUCUUCUGGCUUCCUCUCUCAGGCACCACCUGUUGAGCCUCUGCAGCAGGCCACCGGCUCAUUUCCUCAUCAGCUCCCUCAGAAUGGACAGAGUAUACAAGCAGAUGCACAAUCAGAAGGAGCUUCUCAGAAUCAGACGGACGAACCAAUCUUAAAACGACAUAAAAUGGAAGACUGCCCUUAUUCAGAAUCGCAAAUGUUACCUUACAAAACAUCACAAGAUUAUAAGAAUAUGAGAGACGAAUCUACAUUUUCAGACCAUUCGAAGUCAAACACACAGCUUUUGUCUAAUAAAGUUCAAGCUGAGCUAGGCGAUGUAACACAGAUCCAAAAAAACUUCCAGCAGAAGAACAUACAGUUCUCUCAGAGCACCAGUAAACAACAUCAACACUACCAGCAGGCUUUCCAUCAGAGGGCACACAAUGAUUUGGAAUUCUUCCAGCCUCCACACUUACAAUCACACCUGUCACAAGAUUCUAAUUGUAAUAGUCUGCAGACACCUACUCAAACAUUUCAGAAAGCUGAAUUUCAAGAAACCUGUGCCCAAAUCCAGAGAGGGUCUCUGUCAACACAAGGUGCUCAAGCAGAUAUGCAGAAGCAUGCAGCCUUGCGUAUGCACCUUCUGCAGAAGCAGGAGAGGCAAGGUCCCAACCACACCAGGUCAAAUAUGGAGUCCUUGAAAACAAAAAACCCAAGUUUAGAGGUCCCAGCUCAAAAUCCACCCCUUCAAGUGCAGUGGCAAGAUCAAGACAAAGUCAAAGUCAUGCCUAUAGUAAAGCAGGAGGCUCAUUCAAUGACCUGUGAACAAAGCCAGCAGAGGAGCAUUCUAGCUACCAUGGAGCAGCAAUUAAAACAGUAUGAGCUUUCACCUAUGUUUGAAAGAAAGUCUUUGGUCAUCAAGUCACCAAAUAAGGUGAAGGUAGAGAUGGCUGGAGAGGUGACAGUGCUCUCAACCAGUACUGAGGGGAAUAUCAAUGAACAAUGCAAAUCAAAAGACCUCACCCCAUCUAAAAAGAUUGAAAAUGGUUUGCAGGGCUUUCUAGACUCACCCAUGAAGCUGCUCAAUACACCAGUAAAAAACCUGCUCAAUACACCUUCAAAGACACAAUAUGAUAUUCCUUCAUGUCACUGUGUUGAUCAAAUCAAAAGUGAAAGGGAUGAAGGUCCAUAUUAUACACACUUAGGAGCAGCAUCAACUGUUGCAGGCAUACGCACAAUUAUGGAAAACCGGUCUGGACUGUCUGGAAGUGCCAUUAGAAUUGAGAAAGUUGUGUAUACCGGAAAAGAAGGCAAAAGCUCACAGGGUUGCCCCAUCGCCAAAUGGGUAAUACGGAGGGCAAGUGUCGAUGAAAAACUCUUGGUAUUGGUGCGAGAGCGGGGCGGUCACUCUUGUGAGACAUCCUGUAUAGUGGUGGUUAUCGUGGUUUGGGAAGGCAUAUCAACCAGCCUGGCUGACUCUCUCUACUCGGAACUCAGUGAUACUCUAACAAAACAUGGUGCUUUAACCAACCGCAGAUGUGCUCAUAAUGAGGAGAGAACAUGUGCAUGCCAGGGGUUUGAACCGGAUGCCUCUGGAGCCUCUUUCUCAUUUGGUUGUUCAUGGAGCAUGUAUUAUAAUGGCUGCAAAUUUGCUAGGAGUAAAGUCCCUCGAAAGUUCAAACUGCUUGGGGAUGAUCCCAGAGAAGAAGAGAAACUGGAACAAAAUCUCCAAGGUCUUGCAACUAUGAUUGCCCCAGUAUAUAAAAAAAUAGCACCUGAAGCUUACUCCAAUCAGGUGGAGCAUGAACACAGAGCUCCCGAUUGCCGUCUGGGCCUAAAAGAAGGACGCCCAUUUUCGGGGGUGACAGCCUGUCUGGAUUUCUGUGCCCAUGCUCACAGAGACCUACACAACAUGCAGGGGGGCAGUACUGUGGUCUGCACGCUUACACGAGAGGACAAUCGUGAAAUUGGAAAAAUCCCUGAAGAUGAGCAAUUGCAUGUGCUUCCCUUAUACAAGGCCUCAUCCACUGAUGAGUUUGGCAGUGCUGAGGCUCAGCUAGAGAAGACCAAGACUGGUGCUAUUCAGGUACUCAGUGCCUUUCGUAGACAGGUGCGUAUGUUGGCGGAGCCGGUCAAGUCUUGCCGGCAGAGGAAGCUAGAUUCCAGGAAAUCUGCAGUAAACAAGUCAACCCACCCUAACACAUCAAACUCCAAAACAGACAACACCCAGCAAGCAAAGCAGAAACAAAGUGUUAAUGAGAAUCUAGGUCAGAACACACCUAUGACAGGUUCAAGCAACGUGAAAAAAACUCCAGAUACUGGACAGCCCCUAAAUGCUUAUGCAGCCCAUCAGCAGCAGCCACAGCCAACACACCCCAAUCCUUCUUCCCUUUACACUGGCUCAUCAUUUCCUAGAUUCUCAAAUGCACAAGGAACCUUACCAAACACUUCUAAACUAGCAAACCUGCAUCGUCAAACACCAUCCCCUUCCAGUCCUUAUCUCCAUUCACAAAAUAUGCCCAACUCUUACAUGAAUGCAUCCACUCCAUAUUCAAGGUCACAUACACCCAGCCCUGUCUACCCUGGUUACCAACAUAAUGUAGGAGCACCCAUGGACAACUAUGCCCCUUACUACUCUAACAGUGUAAAGCAUAUGGAUAUUUAUCAGUCCCAAAGGAAUUCACUUUACCCUGAGCAGCAGUACAAUGCACCUCAUUAUGGGGUCAACUACCCAUCACACUAUGGAGAGUCAAGAAUGCCCAUGAAUGGUUAUAACACCUGUAAUGUGAGACCUGGUAUGCACUCUAUUGGACAAUACAGAGCUUACAGCCCUAAUAUGCCACCUGAUGCCUUUUUAAGGCCUCCCUUAGCCCAUUCAUAUUUGGACUAUGCAGCUGCAAACAAAAGCAGCCAGUAUGAAGUCUAUCCCAAAUCUCAUAUCUCCCAGGAUAGUCAAAUUUUUCCUCCAAGUCUAGACAACUUAAGAAUGCUAGGUAGCAAUUUAGAGAUGAACUUUCAUAGAUCAAAUGGCAUCUCUCAGGUGUUUCCUCCUGUGGGCAAUGAUGGCAUCAAUCCUAACCAACCUCAAAGUUUGAAGCUUUCAAAUGAAAACGUCCUAAACGCCCAGGUCAACCAGGAACCACACUCUCAGACUUUGGAACAAAAAGAAGAGGAAGUGUGGUCUGACAGUGAGCACAACUUCCUCAACCCUGAAAUUGGAGGGGUGGCAGUGGCACCUAGCCAUGGGUCCAUCAUUAUUGAGUGUGCCAAGCGUGAGCUUCAUGCAACUACGCCACUUAGUAAACCUGAUCGCAACCAUCCCACCCGUAUCUCUCUGGUCUUCUACCAACACAAGAACUUGAAUGAGGCAAAACAUGGACUGGCUAUGUGGGAAGCAAAGAUGGCAGAGAAGGCCAGAGAGAAAGAGGAAGAUGCUGAAAAGCAUGGUGCUGAAAACACAUCUAGCAAGAGCAGUAAUAAGAAAGUGAAGCGAGAAAAUACAGAACCUUCCGAACCCUCAGAGCCUCCAUACAAGCAAUUUCUUCUCAUGCUGAAUGAACGGUCAAUGUCCUGCACUACCAAUACGUAUGUGAACACGUCUCCCUAUGCCUUUACCAAGGUGACUGGGCCUUACAAUGAUUUUCUGUGAAAACCUUCUUAGGUUAAGAACAUUCACACAUUAGUAAAAGUGGCAUCAAACAUGGUGCUAACAUGUAGUGUUGCAGAUAGCAUUUGGCAAAAAAGUCCAGAAUGCCUGUCCAGUUUCUUUGAAGGUUACUGACAAAAGAUCAGUAAGAGUUGGCAUCACUAUAUAGAAAGGUGGAGCAGAUAGAUCAAUAGGAAUUUAAAUAUCAGGUUUGUCAGCUCACAAGAAGUCAGGCUUUACUGUUUGACCAAUAGGAAGUUUCUAUUUAUUAUCUGAUUAGUCUUUUAUGAUUACACACUGUUCUUCUUCCAUGGUGCUUACAGUCCACCAAAUCAGGACAAAUUACUGGAAACAAAGAUUCAUUUUUGAUGACUUUUGUGGCUUAUCAUUAUGUUUGCCCUGGUGCUAGGGAGUGUUUUGAAAGCAGACAUGUUUUCCAAUGCCUUUCUUUAAAAACACAAUUUGAUAUUUUUAGGUUUUAGGCAAUAAUUUUGAUAAUAACUUGUUUUAAAAUAAGCAAGCAGAAUUAGCUUCAUUGUGUGAUUUAGAAGCACUUUUUUUUAUCAUAGUAAGGGUAUUUAUUUUCUGCCCUCAAUCUGAAAGAUGACUAUGUUGGCUUGACGAAUAUUUAAAUUAAAAAUUCUUAGGAGAAAAAUAUUUCUGAUGAAUUCUAAUUACUUCUAGAGCUUUCAAACUACCUACAACAAACUUGGCACAGAGGUGGUUCUGACCUGCGUUGCAACAUGUUUUGUAACAAACUUAAGGUUUUCCAGGACCUAGUUUUCUUGUAACAGACAUUUAAACAUGCCAAAAAUCAAAUAGUCUUCAAUUUCGACUGUAAAAAAGUACUUGAGCUUUCUAGCUACAUCCACAAACUCGGCAGAGACCAUCAAAAUGUUCAUGCCUUAUUUUUUCUCUUUUCUAUCAGACCUUUCUUCUUGAUUCUAUCUACAUGGUCAGCAUGGCCUGUAAAACUUAGAAACCUCAAGCUUUUGAAGCUAUGUUAAAUGUUUCAGACAGGGCUUUGUGAAGCCAACAUUAAAGUUCGUCUUGACAAAUUUCACUUAUCUACUUUUUGGAUGGCACUCAAAUCAUGUUUACUGUAUUAAUUUUAGUUUCUUAAUGUGGUAAACAAUACUGAUGAUAUCAUACUUUUGACAGCUGAACAACAUGUAAAGACACCUUUACUGAUUUUUUUCUGGUGCUUUCACAAUUUUACAAAUUCUUUAUACCUAUAUCAUAUAUUGAGCCAUUUAAGAUACAUUUUUGUACCGUUAAUGUUCUUACAAAGAAUUUUAAGAAAAGUGAAAUUUCAGAAUAAACAGAUACGGUGAUACUGAUACAGUGUCUAGGUUAAACAAUAGUCGAUAUUUUGGCCUUAAAGCCUUUUCAAGGAACACAUAACAGGGUUACAUUUAGUGGCAGUGAUUAAAGGCAGCUGGCAUGGCUUGCUGUUGGGGAUCUUACAUAAUGCAACUUUAGCUGUAUUAAAACGUUUAAAUUUGUACAGUAAAUUAAUACGCUUUAAAUGUAUGCUUAGAUUUUAGUUUAGUAAAGAUUACCUUUUCUUUGUGUUUAAACCUUUGACCUUUUUUCAAAUGGUGCUACUUGACCUACUAUAAAUACAAUGUGAGAAUCUCUAAAGGGUGGUGAGAAGGCUUUUGAAUGAUAUAUAGAAUCAUAUACCUCAGAACUAGUUUGGCAAUAGAAUUCUAAUAUCAAGGUGUUUUUUUUUAUUUCCAAACACUUUGUAGCAAAUAUAACAUAGACCUAAAGGCCAUCAUUGAUGCUACGUUCAUUUUGUACUUUCAACACUUUUGAUCUACUAGAAAGUAUUACUUGAACUUAAAGUUUCAAUUGAAUUGCUUAAUCAGGGAUAUGUCAGCUCAUUGCUGUGCAUAAAUAUCACUUGUGUUCUCUUUCUAAUUCAGGUAUCAGCAUUUUCAUCUGAAAUCCUUGUAUAUAUAUCGCGCACAGCUAACUUUGUUAGAAAUGACCUGCAUUUUCAUACUGUGUUAAAGUGGAAUGCUCAGAAAUUUUUCAAGAAACAUUGCACUGAGUUAAAGGGAAAAUAGCAUUGAAAAAUAUAAAGCAAUGCAUGUGCUCUUUACUUAAGAUUAGACCCAGUCCGUUUAAAUAUAUGCACAUUUAGAUGCAUAUGUAUAUUUAGAGGCUAAAUGUAUUUACAACCACUAAACAUAAAAGCCUCUCAUACCCCAAUCUGUUAAUAAGUUAAUUAUGCAUUUGAUUCCACUCUGACAUUUAAAGAAAUGAAAGCACUUCAUUUGUUUUUCCACAAAAAACUUUUAGAUACCACAGAAAUCUAUGUAAAUUUAAAAUAGGUUGACUAUUGUAAAUGUAUUAAAUUGCCAUGUUGUAUAUACCACAUGCUUGCAUUGCAGAAGUCCAUUCUUUAUUUUAUGUACAGCUUUUGUUAUGUAUGAAGAUUGAUUUCCUGUUACAUGUACCGUCAACCCCACACAUCACAAAUUUAGCCCCCAACAAAUUCUGUUGUUUAUAUCCAGGUUACUGGAGGUUUUUUCCUGCAACAGCAACGUUUACAUUUUAAGAUUUUCUAUUUAAGUCACUUUGAUGUAGUUAAGGAGGAACCAUCCAUUUUGUAGUUGAAAUUAGAUGGUUAAUUUUUGUGUACAGAACCCAGCUUGAGUAGCAAGUUGUGAAUGAAGUAGGAGAAAAGAGUGAUUAGGUCAGGGGUGCCCAAUUCUGCUCAUGGAGAUCCACAGUCCUGCAGAGUUUAGCUCCUACCCUAAUUAAAUAAGAAAUAACAAGCAGUUAUAACCAAUCCUGAAGAUCUAAAUUAGCUGGGUCAGAUGUGUUUGAUUAGGGUUGGAGUUAAACUUUGCAGGACCUUAGAUACCCCGGAGAAGAACUGGGCAUCCCUAAAUUAGGUGGUAGUGGGUGACAAGAAUGUAGCCAUACUUGAAGACGCUUUGGAGUAUCUCUGAGUGGAGUCAACUUUACUUGAACGACUUACUGACUUCAACUAACAUACUGGGGUGAACAACUCUUACAUUAAGCUAGCAGUUGAUGUACAUGUUGGUAUUUUGACAUUAGACACUAAAGAUUUAAAUGUGCUAUUUUCUGCCUUUUUGUAUUGCUUCCCUUGUAUUCUUAAAAUAUUAUGCUUAAAAUGUUGAAUUAAGAAUGCAGUUGAAUACUGUAAGUAUUGUAAUGUACUGAUGAACUGAAUGCAGUUUAUUUUAAAGUUAUUUGUUGAUUUGUUAUCAUUCCUGAUUCUUAAAUUGUGGGUGUUUUUAAUAAAAUUUAUAUUUAUUUCAAGUACUGUAAA